UGUUUUCAUCGCUGCACUCAGUCGCUCUAACCGGAAGUCUUUACGGCAUGGCUAGAGUUUCUUUAGUUAGCAGGUUUAUUUAGUUAAAUCUCUUUCUCUGUAUUUGAUAUUUAACUGUUUAAAUCCCGUCAGGUUCUGUGUGAAUGUAAUGGCGACUCAUUCAGUCUGUAUGAUGCUGCAGCGCCGUCUUGUGUCCAGCGCAGCGGCUGCACGUCUCUCGUCUGCAGAAGUGCGCAGUCAGCGCAGCUCUCUGUUCUCUAAAGAGCAGGCGCGUCAGCGGGCUUUAUAUCCACGCACAGAGAAGAUCGAAGUGAACCUGCAGGGUCCUGGACUUCAGGGCUCUUUACUCAUCAUGAACAGAGGCGUGUCCACACCACACAGCUGUACACGCCAUCUGUCUGAGUGGCACGUGAAAAGCUCUGCUCUCGCUCUCGUGGACGGACGGCCGUGGCACAUGCAUCGUCCUCUGACUCGCUCAUGUGAACUCACACUUCUUACCUUUAAAGAUCAAGACCCCCAGAUAGCCAAUCAGGCGUACUGGCGUUCCUGUGCGGCUCUUCUGGGUCAGGUGCUCGAUGGAGCUUUUAAAGAUGAAUACAGUGUUGAACUUCUGAAGAUUCCUGAAGUACCAGCGAGUGCCGGUGCAUUUUGUUGUGAUGUGAUUCUGGAUCCUCGGUUAGACUCGUGGAGCCCUACAGAGGAGAAUCUGCGCUCUUUAACUCGUGAAGCUCUUCAGCUCAUCCAGAAGGAUCUGCCAUGGGAACCUUUAGAUGUUUCCCCCUCUGUGGCACUGGAGAUCUUUUCUCACAGCAGGUAUAAACAAGAGCAGGUUGAAGAAAGUGCAGCUCAGAGUGAAAACAGGACGGUUUCACUAUACAGGUGUGGGGAUCAUGUGAUGUUAAGCGAGGGUCCUCUGGUGACCCGGACGGGUUUGUGUUCACAGUAUGAGGUCACAGCCGUACAUACAUUAGGAGAGAGAGCGUGGGGUGUUGAACGCAGAGCUCAGGGUCUCUCACUGCCUGUCAAUCUGACCGCUCAUCAUACAGUUUGGAGAAAGCUGCGCAGAAGAGCAGAGAGAUUGGUAGAGAUUUCAUCAUCCUCAGCAGUGACCCCGCCCCUCACACCAGAGGCCACGCCCCCUCCCUCCUCUCCUCAGCAGUAAUCCGUGCGUCUACGUCAUCAUUCAGUGUUUGUAAUUAUCAUGUGAAAUAAAUAUAUGAGAAAUAAGCUUUUGGACUU